AUGUCGAGCUCAUUUGAGAAGUCCGUCAAGGGCGCCACCAAAAUCAAGGCCGCACCUCCCAAAACCAAGUAUAUUGAGCACAUUCUUGUGGCGACCCAUUCCGGAGAGGCCGGUAUUGGCGAGGUGUUUCGGGCCCUGCAAUUCCGCCUGCGCGAUUCGACGUGGACUGUUGUUUUCAAGGGCUUGAUCACGGUUCACUUCAUGAUCCGCGAGGGGCGAGCGGAUGCCACUCUUCAAUAUCUUGCCAAACAUACCAAUAUCCUCGCCAUUAGCAGCUUCACCGAUGCUCAAACGCAAGGUCGCAACAUCCGCCACUACGCGCGAUAUCUCAGCGAACGAGCCCGGGCAUACAGGGACACAAAAUGCGACUGGGUCAGGGCCAAGGAAUCCCGCCUUGAGGAAUUAUCGGUAGAGAAGGGACUCCUGCGCGAGACUGAGGUGGUACAGCACCAGAUUUCCGCCCUCCUGGCUUGCGAUAUUAUGGACCAAGACCCGGAAAAUGAGAUCUCAAUAACAGCAUUCCGCUUGCUCGUGCUCGAUCUGCUCGCCCUCUUCCAGGUCCUCAACCAGGGACUCAUCAACAUUCUAGGUCACUUCUUCGAGAUGUCCAAGCCUGACGCGGAGCGAGCCCUCAACGUUUACCGGAAAUUCACAAAGCAGACCGACUAUGUGGUGCAGUACUUAGGGGUUGCGCGCCAACAUGAGCACCACACCCGGGUAGAGGUUCCGAAGUUGAAGCACGCGCCCGUUCACCUUGGUCGCCAGCUAGAAGAGUACCUCCGCGAUCCUGAUUUUGAAGUGCAUCGCAGGCAAUACAUCGCCGAGCUUGACGCAAAGAAAAAGUCGGGACGGACAGGAGGAACUUCGGGGAUCGCCCGACUCCAGCCACCCGAAUCCAGCUCCUCUUCCAAACCGACUGCCGCCGCUGCCUCCUCAUCUACCAACGGGUCGCAACCUCCGCCGAAGUCCGCGCAGACUACCAAAGGACCUGACAAGGAUCUAAUCGACUUCUUUGACUCUAUCGAACAGAAUCAGACAACCAUGGCAGUAGACCCGACGGCGCAGGCCCCCAAGCCCAGCCUCAGAUUCCCCGGCCAACAGGUUGUCCACCAAUCCUUUGCCCUGGCCCAGCAAACCGGAGGUGUCUUCCCUCAGCAGCAGCAGCAACAGCAACAGCAACAGCAACAACCUGCACCUCUCCAGCCUAUGGCUACCGGGACGAACCCUUUUGCCAAGAAUCUUGCGGCACCCCAGCAGCAGCCUCAGCAGACUGCCGCGACUCCGGGUGCCCUUGUGCCUCAGGCCACGGGGACUAAUCCCUUCCGCCAAAGCGCAUUCGUCAACCACAACACAGGCAUGGGGUGGCAGCACAAUCAAACGCCCAUGGGUGGUGGCCUGGACCAAAUGCAGACUGUCCCUGUCUUCCCACGCCCUGCGCAGCAGACUCCUUGGCAACAGUAG